CAGGCUUUUACGACAGAAACCGAGAGAGUUGUCCAGGGAAGAGGGGUCUCCCCAAAACCUGAGCCAUGAGUCGCAGCAUCGUGCGGCAGAGUAAGUUUCGCCACGUCUUUGGGCAGUCGGUCAAGGCUGAGCAGGGUUACGAUGACAUCCGCGUUUCCAAGGUGACGUGGGACAGCUCGUUCUGCGCCGUAAACCCAAAGUUCCUGGCGGUCAUCGUUGAAUCCAGUGGAGGAGGAGCUUUCCUGGUCCUGCCCCUCUCUAAGUCAGGUCGAGUGGACAAGAACUACCCGCUGGUGAUUGGACACUCCGGACCCGUCCUUGAUAUUGACUGGUGCCCUCAUGACGACAACAUCCUGGCCAGCUGCUCAGAGGACUGCACUGCAAUGGUAUGGCAGAUCCCAGAUCACUCACUGACCCGCCCCCUAUCCGACCCUGUCGUUGUCUUGGAGGGACACUCCAAACGUGUUGGUAUUGUCAGCUGGCACCCCACUGCACGCAACAUACUACUCACUGCGGGCAGUGAUAACUUGAUAAUCGUCUGGAACGUGGGGACAGGCGAGCCCCUCAUUUCCAUGGACGACCACCCAGACCUCAUCUACAGCAUCAGCUGGAACCGAAACGGCAGCUUGUUUUGCACCACCUGUAAAGACCGACGUCUGCGUGUCUGUGACCCCCGUAAGAGGGAGGUGGUUGCGGAACGUCUGGCUCCACAUGAGGGGAUCCGUCCAAUGAGAGCCAUCUUCACCAGAGACGGCAACAUCUUCACCACAGGAUUCACCAGGAUGAGCCAGAGAGAGCUUGGGCUCUGGGACCCGACAAAUUUUGAGGAACCUAUUGCACUGUUGGAGUUGGACACAAGUAACGGAGUGAUGUUACCAUAUUACGAUGCAGACGCAAACAUGGUCUACCUCUGUGGAAAGGGGGACAGCAGUAUCCGUUACUUUGAGAUCACAGAGGAGUCGCCGUUCGUCCACUACCUCAGCACCUUUAGCAGUAAGGAGCCCCAGAGAGGGAUGGGCUUCAUGCCUAAGAGGGGUGUGGACGUUACCAAGUGUGAGAUCGCCAGGUUAUACAAGUUGCAUGACAAGAAGUGUGAGCCCAUCACAAUGACUGUACCCAGAAAAUCGGACCUCUUCCAGGAUGACCUGUACCCAGACACAGCAGGGCCUGACCCUGCCAUGGAGCCUGAAGAGUGGCUGGAAGGCCGUGAUGAAGACCCAAUUCUGGUAUCCUUGAAGGAUGGCUAUGUGCCACCAAAGAGCAGAGAGCUUAAAGUGACUAAGAAGAACAUCCUGGACUCCAGACCCACUACCCGACGCAGCAUGUCCACUGUUGACAGCAACAGCCUGCCGCCUGAGUUGCUUGAGAGGUUGUUGGAGGAGAUUCACAAUCUGAAGGCCACAGUUUUGUCUCAGGAGAAGAGAAUCUGUGACUUGGAGAAUAAGCUUUCCCAGUACACCAAUGGCACUGCCUGAUGAGCUGAAGAACUGAAUUUCAGAAUAACUGUUAUUAUUAAAACACAUUUCCCCUUGCAUAGACGAGGAAUCAAAUACUAUAACAGUGUUGCCUCUUUAAAGGUACCAUUGUUUAAGAAUAUGAAUGUGGAGAAUGUAAAUGCAAAAUGACGGUUUAACAAUUUUGAGCAAAUUUACAUCCAUAUCUUAUGUAAUUGUUUUGUGGUUGAUUGUACAUGAUCCACAUUCCAGUCUUAACAUCACGUACCUUUAAUGUUGUAGCAAAACAUUCAAAUAAAUAUUCACACCUUUACAGUAAUUUGUAAAGAAUGAGAAGAGUGUAAAAGUGGAGUGAGGAGGGCUAUAGGCUUGUCAGACAUGUGCAAGUUGGUUAAAGGUUCGAAGAAAGUCAACACUGUUAUCACUUUUUUAAUAUUACUGUGAGAAAAGGACAAAUAUUAAAAAAUAGCUAAAUGAAAUGCCAGAAAACAGACUUUCUGUUUGGUAUGCCAAUUGUCAAACCUGCUUUCUAGAUGUUUUGGUAAUUAAUAAAUGAUACAACCUUCAACCAAACACACACGUCACCAUUAAAGAUCCACAAAGACAGACAUUUCAACACAUGUAAUUGACCUGCCCUCCGUAUCAAGUUUAUUCAAGUAAGUCUUUCUGAAAACUUUUCAAAAUGUAAAUAGUGAUAAAAGAAACAGGAGAAAAAAUGUUGAACUUGUAGCAAAAUGUGAAAAGCCAAACGUUUUGUGUUCUGUAAAGGAUUAUACAUUAGACACACUAUGACAACAAUAAAAAAGUGUUUUUUAAAAAUG